AUUACUACACCGACUUACAGGGAUAUGCAAGCGUAGCGCUGAAUGAGGCUUUCCAUGUGGGCGUUCCGGCGGGAGGCUCUUGCUUAUAGGCGCUGCUGCGCUGAAAUCAGCUUUUAGGGUCUUCGUAUGCUCGACCUCCAUUGCGGUCACCAUCUAUGAUGUGGGACCUUCAUACGCACCAUCUUCCUCCUUGCUACAUCGACGCGAUUCGUCGCAGCGGGACACGAUACAUUGAUGGGAUACCCAUCGAGCUGUGCAAGGACGUGUUAGGGUGGAGAGUCGAAGCCCAACUCCAUCAUCAGGACGCCCUAGGUAUUGAAAAGGCUUAUAUCGGUAUCAGCUCGCCGGGCGUCCACCUCACCCCCGGCGACAAUGAGGCGGCUCGGCGCCUGGCGCGCGAAUGCAAUGAUUGGACCUCGACAACUGUCAAAGAGCAUGGCGAUCGAUUGGGCAUGUUUGCAAGCUUACCUCUACCAGACGUUGAGGGGUCGGUACAAGAAGCAAGGAGAAUGAGUGCAGAGAAGGGCAUAAACCACUUCGUCGUCAUGACAAACUCUCAUGGCGUUUACUUGGGCGAUGGCCGCCUCGACGCGCUCUGGAGGAGCCUCGAUGAGAUGAACGCUGUCGUCUCUAUCCACCCAACAGCACCCUGCGUCCGCCAGCCAAAGGCGGCUAAGAUUAUCCCAUCUUUUCGAGCUGCAAACGAGGAGGGCGAUGACGAAGCACACCUACUUUCCCACGGCAAUCCGCUUCUGUCGACAUGCUUUGAUCCUCUGAUUGAAUACAGUUUUGAGACAGCACGAGCUAUUACCACGAUGCUCCUGACCGACGUCUUCGGUCGCUUCCCAAACAUUCGCUGGAUCGUGCCACAUGCCGGAGGAGCGCUGUCGUCCGUCUUGGACAGGGUUUUGUCCGCUGCGCCUCUACUCCCGAGCUCGCCACCUUCAAUCGACGUAGCUUCACUCAAGAGCAACAUGCUCGACGCCUGCUUCUUUGAUCUCGCGGGUGCCCCCUUCCCACAUCAGAUCGAAGGCCUGCUGGUGUUCCUUGGUGGAAAGGAAGAGGCCUCGUCCAAACUUGUCUAUGGCUCGGAUUUCCCAUGGACCAGCACUGGAUCAGCAAAUGGCAAGCUCAAAGCAGCCAAGGAGGGUGUGGCAAGCCGGUGGACCGACCAGCGUCACAUCGACAACAUAUUUUUCGGGAAUGCUCGUCGCCUCAUGUCGCCCUCUGUUGACCGCUCAGGCUGAGAGAAGAUGAUGCAAUCAUGAUUUCUGCAAGUAGGGCACAUCCGCGCUGCUAGCGUGUCCGUCGAGAAUGAUCUCGCUCAUGACCUUGCCAGAGCCAAGCGAGAGCGAUAUCCCCCACGGACCAUGUCCUGCAGAAUGUAGUCAGUUCCUUGAAGCUUUUGUAUGUCUGUCCCUCCGCCGCUAUCCUUUU